AUCCGUUCCACGGGGCAGAAGUUGUAGCAAGGAUCCCCAGUCGCUGGAAGAUGAACAUCGGCUAUGCUCACUCAUUCGGGGUCACAGAUAACUAUUUCGUGCACAUAGAGCAGCCACUGACCUUGAGCUUGCCCAGGAUCAUGACCUUGAACAUUCGAGGCGCCCCAAUCUCUGACAGUUUUGUUUGUCAUCCUAAUGAACCGAUGUCGUUCAUCCUUGUGAGCAAAAAGACGGGGGAAAAAAUCCCCAUCACUUACCUGGCCCCCCAUGGCUUCGUGUUCCACUUCAUCAACUGCUACGAGGAAGCGGAUCACGUGAUCUGCGACAUAUGUCUCUACAACUCGAGCGAGAUCAUCCGGUCUGCGUACAUUGAGCAGAUCAUCAACUCGAUCAAUUCCGACAACUCCUCUCAGCUGCCAGAAGCCAACUACGCCAGAUUUGUUUUGCCGCUCAGUCUCGCUGGGGCUAAGCCAGGAGAGAAUUUGGUGAAGCUGCCGGACUCAUGCGCCACAGCUGUGCUAAGAGAGGGGACCACAGAUACUCUGGAUGUGACUCGAGAGAAAAUGUUUGACGACUCCUACAGUUUUGAUCUGCCCCGCAUCAACGAUGACUACGCUGGAAUAAAAUUCAGAUACACAUACGGCACUACCAUUUUCGCUUCCGAUAGACGGUUGCUGAAGUUAGACGCGGUAGAGAGGUCAGUGGCCGAGUGGACGUGCGAGUCAACUCACCAGCCAGGUGAACCAGUGUUCGUGCCCAGACCAGGCAGCACACAGGAGGAUGAUGGUGUGGUGAUGUGUACAAUUCUGGCCAACACCACUGACUACUCCUCCUACCUGGUCAUUCUGGACGCGCACAGCUUCAAGGAGAUCGCGCGUGCUUCGGUUCCCUCAGACAUGAAGAUGAGCUUGACUUUCCACGGCUUCUUUAGUCAACGGCACUGAUGAAACUGAACCCCCCCCAAGACUCUUUAUAGUCUUAUGACUUAUGACAUCACAGACUGUGACACUGUGAGACAGAGUGUUGAACCUGAGACUUUUAUGACGUCACGGACUGUGAGACAGGGAGUUGAACCUGACUGAGACUUUUAUGACGUCACAGACUGUGAGACAGGGAGUUGAACCUGAGACUUUUAUGAUGUCACGGACUGUGAGACAGGGAGUUGAACCUGACUGAGACUUUUAUGACGUCACAGCCUGUGGUGAGGAAGGGCACUGAUCUAGUCAAGCAUUUUUUUUCUUGUUGUUAUGCACAGUUACAAGUUUUUUCCCGUUCUAUUCAAAGGGAAGAGACAGCUUUCAAUUCACAGUACAGAUUAUGUCUGCCAGAUUACUUUUUAGCAUCAUGUUCUCAAAAUAUGUUUUGGUUGAGAAAUCCAUAGAACCUAAAUCGACACAUUUGGAAGACUUGAAAUUCUCUCAUUUUCAGGCCCUUAUUGUUCUGAAAAUUGA